UUAAACUCGGUAAAAUUGAAGGACCAAAUACAAAAUAAUUGAAAUUCGAACUCACGGACGAUGGUAGGAAUAAAUAAAUUAAAUUAGGGUUUCUGAACAAAUAAUUGUGUAUUUGAGAUUGUGGCAACCCACGAAGAAAGCAAAAAUGUCGAAGAAGAAUGAUCUCGCUAAGAGAAAGAGGCAAUACGAAUUCGAACUCCAAAGAGAGAAACUAGAGAAGGAAAAGAAACAAAAGAAGCUCAAUGCGAAGAAAAACAAGAUGAAAGUUGAUGGUAGUGACAAGAAAAAGAAGGGUGGAAGUGGAUUUCAAGUGGGAAAGAGAAAGUUGAAGACCAAGUUGACAGCUUUGGCUAAAGCUAAAGCUGACCAGGCAAUGGAGCUUGACAAAUAAGGUUUUGUGAUGUAUUUUAGGCUUAUGUGUUUUAAUAGUUGAAAUUGAUAGAUGACAAUUGGUUUGAGGUUCUGUUUCUGUACUCUUUUUCUGUUAAGCCAUUUGAGUAUGAGAAUGUGAGAUGUAUAUUGGGUAACUUAUCUCAUUGUAGUUGCUGUCUGUCUCUUGCAAUUUUGUCUCUAAUCAACUUUUUAUUUUAUUUUUUUUAUAUAUUGUAAUUGAUGGAUGAAAUUUUACACAUAACUGAAGAAAUUCACUAAAAAGGUAUAGCUUUUAAA